ACUAGUAGUCAGACAGCUCCUGCCUCACACAGCACAAGUCUGCAGACCCCCAGACACUGCACCAUGGCUCCAUGCAGUGUGAGGACCCUUGAUCAUCAGGCUGGUGGCCAACUCAGAAAGCUGAGGAAACCGGUGAUCGAGAAGAUGAGGAGAGACCGGAUUAACAGCAGCAUUGAGCAGCUGCACAUCUUACUGGAGAAGGAGUUCCAGAGACAUCAGCUCCCCUCCAAACCUGAGAAAGCCGAUAUCCUGGAGAUGACGGUCACCUUCCUGCAGCGCCACAUGGCGGAGAGAAAUGUCACAGCCUCCAGCCAGGCCCAGAGAGAAGGCUUCUCCACCUGCGUCCAGGACUCCAUCACCUUCCUAUCCCAGCACAAACAGACCGAGCUCCAGAUCCAGCUGCUGCAGAACCUCCCUGGGGCUCACACUAUGACAUACGGGGCUGUAUCUCCUCCUGUAUCCUCCAUCCACCAGACCCCCAGCAAACACAGCCCCCUGGACAGCAGCAAAGCCUUGUGGAGACCCUGGUAGUGACUGGAUCCUCUGGUGUGGACUGAUCUCAGAGCUAUGUACCCCCGUAUACCUGAGAGCUGGAGAUGGGGUGGAUUCUGCCUCUCACUAAUGUCUCAUCAUGAGAUGGAGAAGAAGUUCAUUCUGGACAUGGUGUAAUUACUACGGGAUUUACUAGUCCUUCAUAUUAUCUGCUGUCUGCUGCAGCUCUCCUGUAUGGACUUGGUUCUAUAUUGUUAUAGGAGUCGUUGUCUUCUAUGAAGAAGAUGUCCUAGUCCUAUAUGGACACAUUCUAUGAAUAUUCCCAGUGAUACAAUGUAUCAGGUUAUAUGUAGUGUGUACUGGCUGUAUACAGAGGGGAGUAGUGUAUGUAUAUAUCAGACCUCCAGUGCAAAGCAUUGCAGAAUAAUGGAGGUGAGACCUCCGGCCUGAUAUAUACAGUAGAUACUAUGUAUCAUACAGUACUGUACAGCAGAUUAUAUGUAGUGUGUACUGGCUGUAUACAGAGGGGAGUAGUGUAUGUAUAUAUCAGACCUCCAGUGCAAAGCAUUGUAGAAUAAUGGAGGUGAGACCUCC